AUGGGUCUCCCUCGCGCAUUCGAAGAAGGCCUUCACAAUGCUUUGAUCAGGCGUCAGCAAACGGGUCAAACAUUCUCAUUGGCGCCCGCAGUUGACAAAAAAGAGGUGAUUGACUUCGCCAGCAAUGACACUCUCUCAAUGGUCUCUUCUGGGGCUUUACGCGAAGAGCUCUUCCGCGAACUCGCAAGAAAUCCAGACUUUGAGAUAGGAGCCUGUGGUAGUCGUGUUAAUGAGGGGACUCCAUAUCUUGCUGAAGUUGAAAAACAUCUUUGUCAAGUCCAUAAAGCUCCAGAUGGUCUCUUCUUUACCACCGGAUACACUGCAAACUGUGCUAUCUUUGGAACACUUCCACGCGAUGGUGAUGCCAUCAUUUAUGACGCGUUGGUUCAUGCCAGUAUCCAUGAUGGUAUCAAGGCAACGCGGGCCUCGAUUCUUAAACCGUUUGUCCACAAUAGUGUCUUGUCUCUCCAACAAGUCGUUGAGAAGGUGAAAAAGGACUCACCUGAUAUCAACUCGGGUAACCGAACGGUGUUCGUCGCCAUUGAGUCGAUUUAUGGCAUGGAUGGCGAUAUUGCUCCCGCACAGGAGAUCGUCGAUGUGGUUAAGAAGUGUCUGCCACUUGGAAACUAUGUCUUGAUCGUUGAUGAGGCUCAUUCGAAUGGACUUUUGGGCCCGAAUGGCGCCGGCCUUAUCAACGAGUUGGGACUAGAAAAUGAAUAUGCUGUUCGACUUCAGGUGGUCGGGAAGGCACAUGGCGCCUCUGGAGCCAUUGUUUUAUGUGAUCCACUGAUCAAAAGGAUGCUGGUGAAUUUUGCACGCAUGUUUAUCUUUACAGCGGCUCCUGGGUUUCUCCUAGCGGCCACAGUUAAAUCGGCGUACAAUGUUGUCACUGGCACUGAUGGAGAUUUUCGACGACGAAGCCUCCAGGAAAAUGUCCGAUACUUUUAUGGCCUCUUAGAGGAAUCCCCGGAAUGGCCCCAAAUAAAAGACAAAGGUUGUCUCAAACUUACUUCAAGCAAAGAUUGGAAGAGUUCUUCAUUUCUCGCGCCCAUUGUUCCUUUGGUCACACGAGAGAGAAGGUGCGUUGACCUUCGUAACAAACUAUUCCAAAAUGGCUUCCUGGUGCAUUCGGCAAGGUUUCCUGCAGUUCCCAGGGAUGCUGAAAGAGUCCGAGUCGUGAUUCAUGUCGAUAAUACCAAGGCCCAAAUAACGAGUCUAGUGAAGACUAUCAUUGAAUGGGCAUCCAAUGAGUUGGAAGAAAAUUCGUCAUCAUACGAGACCCGGGCGCGUCUAUGA